AUGUUAUCAAUCUUUGUUAUACACUCAUAAUAAUGAAGCAGAGUUUGUCCAAACUAUUUUUGCUUGUUUGCCUGUCCAUCGCACGCAACUGUGGAAUGAUGAUAAGAAACAACGCGCUUAUGUCCAAAAUGGUUUCGGAUUUCCACGCUCCGAAGGCGCAUACAGUCGAUAUAAUGCGGAACGUGCUUUGCAAGAAUUUCCCCACCGUCCCAUGCCAACUCAUCACUAAAGACGACGCGCUCAGAAAUCUGAUUCAGAGAACCAUAAGACUGCUGAAUGAAAAGCAGCGAAACCUUCAAAAUGUAACUACAACGACCGAAGAGCAGACUAAAUCCCCAGUUGUCAACAGCGAUGAACUAUCUCAGUAUCUGGCAGUGGAAAACACGGGCUACUUCACUGAUAAACAUAAACAUAACAAAGAGCGGCGUAUUGACACACCUAAAACCGCGUGGCCGAAAGACGUGGACGAGGGAACCCAACGAAGGAGUGUUUUUCCCAGUCAUAAGACCAUUAAGAAGUACUUUCCACACAAAAUCAAAUAUAAGGAUAGAAACGAGAUAAGUGAAAUCGACAAUUCUCGGGAAAAGAUGUCAAAUUCCGAAGAAAUGCCUAAACUGGAUGUAAAGAAUUACGACCAUUUCAACUAUAAGAAGCCAAAUAACAUGCCAAUGUGGCAGAUAGAUUACACGAAGCACGGGGAUCCCAAGAUUAAUUUCAGUCAAGAAUCAGAUCAGCUCAGAGGCAAGCUGGUCAAGACCGGGCCUGACACUUUGAUAGAGAAAGAUAGAAGACCAGCGGUGCAACUCUUCACAGAGUUAUUCAAGCAAAAGGGAGAUUCGUGGGUAUCGUGGCACAACACCGCGACAACAGGCGAUGGAAGGAUCCAGUUUCCCUUCACCAAGGACUCCAUGAGUGCAGGAACUUACAAAUUGAAAUUCAACGUGGGAGAUUAUUACACGGGGAACGGGAAAGAAACGCUUUAUCCGUAUGUAGAGAUUGUCUUCGAAGUGAAAGAAAACGAACAUUACCACAUCCCACUGCUGCUCAGUCCCUAUGGUUAUUCCACGUACAGGGGAAGCUAAUCAUUUUACUGAAAGUACUUUCGAGAAGAAGCCUAAGUUACGGGGGAAAACUUAGCACGUCAUUAUAAUUAAUAAAUAUGGCAAUAAAUCCUACUGUUGUCCACUUUCACAUCAAUUUAAAAAGUACCUACCUAAAAUUUGCCGUAGAUGAUGACUCCAUCACCUGUCAUUCAUCUUUGGCCUAUUUUCACAUUGACUAGUGCGAGUUUAUAAAUUAGCCACUAAACGCAAGUAGCAAAUGUAUAAACUCGCACUCCCACUAAACACCAAUCAAUGUGUAAAUAGGUCCUUGCAAUGCAUAAAAAAAUCUUCGUUGCACCGCACGACAUUAUCGCGAAGUAAUAGACCCAUUAAAUUUAGGUUAAUAAUUUAUACGAGUACUGUCUAGUUUCCAUGUGAAAUCAAACGAAACGUUUUGCAACGUUUCUCUAAAAA